CAAUGCCGUUCAAACCCUAGAAGCCAAUCGACGUAACAAGGUGUAGGCAAUCCAAACAAGCCCCGUAAGGGAGCCAAUCGUUUUCACUGUCCCUUUGCUCCGGGUCAGCUCUCUGCAGCUUACUGUACACACUGAUUAAUGAAAUGAAUGUGUGUUGAUUGAGUUCUGUUUUUAUCUGCUUUUUUGUGUGGAAAAUGGAGUGCAACAGAGAAGAAGCAAUCAGGGCCAAAGAAAUUGCAGAGAAGAAGAUGGAAGGUAAAGAUUUCAGUGGCGCUCUCAAGAUUGCAUCCAAAGCUAAUAAGCUCUAUCCGGAGCUAGAUAACAUUGAACAGAUGAUUCUAGUCUGCGAGGUGCAUUGUUCCUCAGAACACAAGAUAUGUGGGAAUGAGAAUGAUUGGUAUAGUAUUCUCAAGGUAGACCCCACAUCCAAUGGAGAAACUGUAAAGAAACAGUACCGUAAGUUUGCACUCUUACUUCAUCCUGACAAGAACAAAUUCCCAGGUGCCACAGAUGCCUUUAAGUUGAUUGGUGAAGCCCAAAAAGUGCUGUUGGAUAAUGAAAAACGUUCCCUUUACGACCAGAAACGUUUGGGUAUUGGAAAAUCACACUCGAGGGCAAAAUACAGUUCUGUUUUCACCCAGCAGCAGCAGCAGCAGCCAACAUUUUGGACUAUCUGUUCAUUUUGUUCGGUUAAAUAUCAGUAUUAUGUGGAAAUGAAAGGAAAACUCUUGUGGUGUCAACAAUGUAAGACACAGUUUGUUGCGUCUGAGAUAAACACUCCAGGCCAGAAACAAAAUGAAAAAAAUACCCCCCAAUGUCACGUCAAGAUCAAUCCACAAACCGUUCCCGUGGACCUUUCUACAAAGGGCAGAAAUGAAAGUAAAGUAAGUACGGAAUCUAAGAAGGAAGUAAUCAAUAGGCAAUCAGCCCGGUCAAGGCAGCGUGAUUCUUCUGAAAAUUUUAACUCUUCAAAAAGGCUCAAAACUGAUGUAAGUUCUAAAGAUUUUAACUCUUCAAAAAGGCACAGAACUGAUGUAAGUUCUAAAGAAGGCUUGUUCAUCGAGUACCCUUGCCCGGAUUUGAAUGAUUUUGACAAAACCAGAACUGUAGAGUGUUUCAAGGUUGGGCAAAUAUGGGCUUUUUAUGAUGUGUUGGAUGCCAUGCCUAGGUUCUAUGGUGUGAUAAACAAGAUUUUCUUGCCUGGAUUUAAGUUGCAAAUUAGCUGGUUAGAACCGGAUCCUGAUGAUAAAGACGAAUUGAAAUGGGCAAUUGAGGGUUUACCAGUUUCUUGUGGUAAAUUCAGAUUAGGAAGUUCUGAAACCAUCAAACAUCUUCCUAUGCUCUCUCACAUGGUUUGCUGUGAAGAAGAAAAGACUAAAAAAGAAUCCUCCUACAACAUAUAUCCUAAAAAGGGUGAAACUUGGGCAAUCUUUAAAGACUGGGAUAUCAACUGGCACUCUCAUAUUGAAAUCAAGACAAAGUUUGAGUAUGAAUUUGUUGAGGUUUUAUCAGAUUGCUGUAAGUCUAGUGGCGGUGUGGAUGUUGCUCCUUUGGUUAAGGUGAAGGGGUAUAGGUCCCUUUUUACCCGCAAGGAUGAGAAGAGUAGGGUUUGGAUUUCCUUGAAAGAGGUGUUUAGAUUCUCCCACAAGGUUUCUAGUUUCAAGAUGAAAGGAACAGAAGGGGAAGGCAUUCCUAGUGGAUCUUUUGAACUCGACCCUGGUUCCUUGCCAGUUAGCAGCAUGAUUAAUGGACAGGUCAAGGGAAUCUCUUCAAAUUAACAUGAAAAACUGGAGUGGUGAACCCACUUUUUCUAGUUUGAAACGAGAACAAGGCUACUUAGCUGUUGGAUUACGUAUUGUUUUGCAGGCAAGCUGUUCUAGUUUUAAGUAACGGUUGAAAACUGGGGAGCAUUAUUUGAUUUUAACUUUAUGUACAAAGAGCACUGAUAAGGUGGCUAUUUGUCUUUUGCAUAUGUCGGGUUCUAGUAUAUAAACUAGAGUUUUUAUUUUGGAGUUCAAGAAUUGUUUGAUGUAAUAUACCAAUAAUUAGGUCAUGCUCUUAUAAAGUUUGGAAGCCUACCCAUUUGAAUAAACCCCUUGUCUGGCUGACUGGCUGGAGCCUCGAGGCUUUGAAGAUGGAAAAAGGAAACGGGAGUGUUUGAGUUCUGUUAUGGGGAGCUAGGGAAUAGGAGGGUACUACAGAGUAUAGACUUUUAAAUCGCAUCUCUCUCCUAAUAUUAUUAUCUUCUGAAGAAAGUGACGUGAGAUUUUGGGAAAUGUGAAAAUGUGAAAUUGCUCUUUUUAUAUUGGAUUUGUAAAUAUGGAU